AUGAGGAACUUCACCCUAGGAGGGCUUCUCCUUGUGCUGAUCCUUGUUGCAUCAUAUCCCUCCGAUGCCAGACUCCAGUCGUGCAAGCCGAGUGGCAAGAUAAAGGGAACAACUCCACCACCGGGGGAAUGCAACAAAGAGAACGACUCCGACUGCUGCAAAGCAGGGGAGACGUACACCACCUACAAGUGCUCCCCCCCUGUCUCUGGAAGCACCAAGGCAGUUCUCACCAUCAACAGCUUCCAGAAGGGCGGAGACGGAGGUGGCCCAUCAGAGUGCGACAAAAAGUACCACUCCGAUGACACGCCUGUUGUGGCGCUCUCGACUGGAUGGUACACCGGAGGAUCAAGGUGCCUCAAGAACAUUGUCAUAAGUGGUAAUGGGCAGAGUGUGACCGCCAUGGUGGUUGAUGAGUGUGACUCGACAAUGGGGUGCGAUGAUGACCACGACUAUCAGCCUCCGUGUCCUAACAACAUCGUCGAUGCCUCUAAAGCUGUCUGGAAAGCAUUGGGAGUAGAUGAAGGUGACUGGGGCGAGUUGGAUAUCACUUGGUCUGAUGCCUGA